AUGGCCUCAAAGGAGAGCACAGCGGCGGGCUUCGUGAACGUCAGCAGGGAAAUCACAGAGAGCAUCAGGAAGGUGCUGGACAAACAGGCCAUUAAGUUUGUGCGAGCCAUCAAGCAGGACACCAGGAGCGGCAAAUCAGAGGACAGGAUUCUGGUCCUGGCAACAUGGAGACUGUAUCUCUUUGCUGUCAAAGUGCCCACCAAGGUGGAGGUCACCUUCAACUUUUUGGAAAUCAGAGCAAUGAACACCUAUCCAGAACACCAGGUUGUCAUCGACACAGACAAGACGACCUACUCGCUGAGACUGCAGACCCAGGACCAGCUGGAUCACAUGGUCAGCCACAUCAACUACGCCCUCUCCCGAGUCUUCAACAACUCAAUUUAUGCUCCUCCUAUUUGUCGAGCAGAGGAGGACGUGCCCGAUGGGACUCACAAGUUUUCACCAAACUCUGAAACAUCAUUAGAACCCCAGAAAACCUGCGGAGGGUUUUCCGAGACCUACGCUGCUCUCUGUGACUACAACGGCAUUGGCUGCAAAGAGGAAGUGCAGUGGGACGUCGACACAAUCUACCACUCUCAGGAUAACAGGGAGUUCAACUUACUGGAUUUCAGCCAUCUUGACAGCAGGGACUUGGCAGUGAUCGUGGCAUCCAUUGCGUACAACACCUGGUUCACCAAGCUGUACUGCAAAGACAUGCGCAUAGGGUCGGAGGUGGUGGACCAGGUCCUGCACACAGUCAGCAAGUCCAACAGUUUGGAGGAGCUCACUCUGGAGAACGCCGGCCUCAAAUCGGAUUUCCCGCAGAAGAUGGCGUCGGCGCUGUCGGAGAACCCGGCCUCUGUGAUUCACUCCCUCAACCUGGCUCAUAACACGCUAGACAACCAAGGAGUCUCCAACCUGAUCCAACAAGUGUGUCGCCUCAACAAGGGCCUUCGCCUCCUCAACCUCUCCAAGACGUCGCUCUCCUCCAAGGGCGUGGUUUCCUUGUCCCAGGCGCUGUGUUCAAGUGACGACUACUCCAAUUCUCUGCUGCAUCUGGACCUCAGCAAAAACCCCGGAGUUCUUUCUGGAGAGGAUGCCACGAACCUGUACCUGUUUCUGGCCCAGCCCAACUGCCUGGUCCACUUGGACCUAUCUGGAACAGACUGCACCGUAGACUCGUUGUUUGGGGCCUUGCUGCGAGGCUGCUGCGCUGACCUCUCCUACCUGAACCUCUCCAAGAACUCCUUCUCUCACAGGAAAGCGAGAGAUUCUCUGCCAACCUUCCGCCAGUUCUUCAGCUCAGCAUUCAGCCUGACCCAUGUCAGCCUGGCCUCUAUGAAGGUCCCGCCGGAUUCGCUGAGGGCUCUGUUCCUGGGUUUGUCCAAUAACCCUCAUAUCACUGAUUUACACCUGGACAUCAGCAGCUGUGAGUUGAGGUCAGCAGGUGCCGGCGUGAUUCAGGAACUGUUUCCUCGAGUUUCAUGCGUGGGGACUUUAGACAUCUCUGAUAAUGGUUUGGAUGCUGACUUGCUGGCUGUCAUCCCAGCGUUCUCCCGACACCCCUCCCUCAAACACCUAAUGCUGGGGAAGAACUUCAACAUCAAGGGCAGGGUGCUGGAUGAAAUUCUGCAGAAACUGGUUCAUUUGGUGCAAGAAGAAGAGUGUGCCCUCCAGUCGCUCUCCCUCGCCGACUCCCGGCUCCGUCAGCGAGGCACGGUGCUGGUCAACGCCCUGGGCUCCAAUGCUUGCCUGAGGAAGGUGGACCUGAGCGGCAACCUCCUGGAAGACUCCGGGGCCAAGAUGCUCAGCAAAGCCCUGCAGAUCAACACAACACUCAGGAGCGUGACGUGGGACCGCAACAACACCACAGCGACGGGCUUCCAAGACGUGGCGAGAGCGCUGGAGCACAACUUCACCCUGCAGUACAUGCCCCUCCCACUCAGUGACGUCGCCCAGGCGUACCGCGGCGCUCCGGAGAAGACCGACCAAGCCCUGACCAAGAUCCAGCGUGCCCUGCUUAGGAACAACCAGACUCAGCGUUUCUCUCAGAAACAGGCUCUCCGGCUGCACCAAGGCCUCGUCACCAGCACCGCCGAACAGGUGAUGGAGCGUCUGUGCGUGCGGGUGCAGCAGCAGGUUUGCGUCCUGAAAGGCUGUGAGGAAGGAGAGGAGGUUCAGACCGCCAGACAGAUCCUCAAAGAAGCCAGGAACUCCAGAGCUCUGUAUCCGUCUCUGUGUGAGUUGGCCCACGUGUUGUCCGUGGACGGACCCGUCAAACAGCGUCUGGACACUCUGGCCGGAGAGCUGGCCAAGGCCGCGGACAAAGAACUGCAGGUCGUGGUGGACUCCAUGGUGUCUCUGUGCCGCGAGCUGUGUCCCAUGUCCUGCUCGGCCGCCGAGAGGCUCAGCCCUCCUCUGUCGUCCAUCUCCGAGCAAGUCUCCAUCCCCCGCUCCACCAUUCGCAACGCUCUGAUGGAGAGGGCGGCCGAGGACAUCAACAGAGCUCUGGAGGAGGUGAAGCUGUCCGUGGUCUCCUAUCUGACCAACUCCAUAGUGGAUCAGAUUCUACAAGAGCUGUACACCACUCAUAAAACCCUGCUGCGGCAGGUGUCUCAGGCGAAGCGUUGGGAUGACGUUGGGACAGGCAGACGCACUAUCAGGCAGUCCAGAAUAGUCGAGUCUCUGGAUUUCCCGGAUGAGGAAUUUGGUGUCAACCUGGGAAUAGACACCAUGGCUAUUAAGAAGCGGAGCUCCAGAACAAGACGAAUCCGUCCCGUCUCCACCAGACUGAGUUUAGGUGAUGAGCCCAGUUCCUCCCCUACGCCCUCCGCUCCGCUCCACUCUGCCCCUCUUACCCACUCGGCAUCAUGGGAGUGUCUGUCCACCCUCCCCACCAACGGCUCGCCCCUACGUCACGUGACCCACGUCAGGCCACGCCCACCGCGGAGACACAGAGCAGGACACCUUCCUCCUGAAUCUCAUUGCUCCGAGAACGGAGGAGUCAGUAUGCUGGAGGACGGACUGCCUGAUUUCUACAGCAAGAGAGUUCUACCCGACAGUCAGCUGUCAUCCCUCCAUCAGGCCCAGUCGCUGAGGAGGAAGAAGAGACGCAGCGUGUUGUCCAUUUUCUCCGGCUUCCGCAAAAACCGCAACUCCACCAUCUCCAAUCAGGACUCGGACAGCGCCUCAGAGAACGUCUACUCCAUGAUUCAGCACCCGAAGGACCUCGCCAGGCCGGACAGCGCCGGUCCCGGAGCCAACGGGGCCAUGCCUUCGCCUCGGCCCGCUCAGGGUGUAGCUGUGCAUGGGAUGAGAGCUGCCAGCCCUCCCUGCCUCAUCCAAAGACAGUCCACAGAUCUGGUCAGCAUGGUGUACAGCUGCAUCGGGGCAGAAAUCGAGGACUCAGAUGGCAGCAGCACCUGCGACAUCAAAGCGACAGAUCAAGACGCUGACAGAUCGAUCACCAUCUCAGACGCCCCGACGGAGAGUCGGACCAACGGCCACGUGGCGUCGUCCAAACAACAGACGGACAGGCAGAUGGAGACGGGCAGGCAGGAGAGGAUUGUGCCCCUGACAGACUCGCGAACUGAGAUGGAAGAAGACAUACAGAGUGGCGGCGGUGGGAGCCAGAGGCCGGAGCCUCCUCCACAGAGCACCAAGCCCAGUCUGGCCGUCAUGAGGCAGAGACACCUGCAGGAGAGUUUAGAAGAGUCGGGGAGGCUGGAGGGAGAAGAAGACCAAAGCGAAAGAAAGCGUGAAGACAAGCAGAGAGGGCGAGGGCCAGAGGGACAGCGUCCUCUCAUUCCCAAUAAGCCCAGCCUGGACCUCUCCAGAGACAGGACCUCCCCGGAAAUGACCAAGAAUUCACCCAAAACCUCACCCGUCACUCCAGGAGAAGAACAAAACAACGAGCAGAGGAGCUUUCCUUCAGCUCAGCCCAUCAUCGAAGACGAGGAGAGCGCCGAGGGGAACAGCUCACCAGCGUCUGCUAAACCUGGGAUAGAAGCAGCAGCAGAUCCUGCCGUCGUCAGUAACGGUUACGAAAGCCCCCAGCUUGGUAACAGAGACGCGUUAUGA